AUCAACUGGGGUGGAAGGCACAGUGUCUGGCGACACACGAGCCAAAACACCAGCAAUCACGUUGAAGUCAACUUCUUAGAAAAAUUUACUACAGAAAGAUACUUUCGUCCGAACACCAGAUGCUCCAUUACCUGGUUCCUGUCCUGGAGUCCCUGCGGGGAGUGCUCCAGGGCCAUUACAGAAUUUCUGAGCCGACACCCCUAUGUAACUCUGUUUAUUUACAUAGCACGGCUUUAUCAUCACACAGAUCAGCGAAACCGCCAAGGACUCAGGGACCUUAUUAGCAGUGGUGUGACUAUCCAGAUCAUGACAGAGCAAGAGUAUUGCUACUGCUGGAGGAAUUUCGUCAACUACCCCCCUUCGAACGAAGCUUAUUGGCCAAGGUACCCCCAUCUNUGGGUGAAANUGUAUGUAUUGGAGCUCUACUGCAUCAUUUUAGUAAGUGUCUCUGCUGUUCAUUUGCUUCUGUUUUGAGACAGGGUCUUAUACAGUCUAGGCUGUCCUUGAAUUUACUAGGUAGUCGAGGAUCAUCUUGAAUUCCUGAGUCUCCUAUUCCCAUCUUCUGAACCCUGGGAUUUUGUAUAGUCUUGCCCUACCGUGCCUGGCUCCCUAGUAAG